GACUCCGUUCGCGUCUCCACGCGAUGAAGUGAAACUCGCUGAUUCAGUUUCAGGUUAUAAAAAGGCUCCACUCCCGCAGCCCGUUUUACUUUAUCAGUGUUUGAUCCCACGAUGUCCGGCCACGGCCACGGCCACGGACACGGGCACAGCUGCGAGUGUGAGCAUGAGCCGGCGGAGCGCGGGCUGGAGUUCGGACUUUACCGGCGGAUCGACCUGGACAAGCUGCAGGUUCUGAACGAGAGUCGGGACGGAGACGGGAGGAAGGUGUUCAAGCCCUGGGAGCAGCGGACCGAGAGGAACCAGUUUGUUGAGAGUGAUGCAGACGAAGAGCUGCUCUUCAACAUCCCUUUUACUGGCAGCGUGAAGCUGAAGGGCGUCAUCAUCUCUGGAGAGGACGACGACUCGCAUCCAGCUGAGAUUAGACUGUUCAAGAACAUCCCUCAGAUGUCGUUUGACGACACCGGCAGGGAACCCGAACAGGCGUUCAGACUCAACAGGGACCCUACGGCCGAGCUCGAGUACCCUACGAAAGUUGCUCGCUUCUCCAGCGUCCAUCACCUCUCCAUCCACAUCUCCAAGAACUUCGGAGCCGACAGCACCCGGGUGUACUACAUCGGUCUCCGGGGAGAGUAUUCAGAGGCUUACAGACAUGAAGUGACCAUCUGUAACUACGAGUCAGCGGCGAACCCUGCGGAUCACAAGGUGGAGAGCAUCAUCCCUCAAUCCAACAUGAUUUCCUGAUAGCUUCGGUUGAGCUGGGAGGAGGAAGAGGAGACUUGAGAGGGAUGUCGGAGGCGUCUUCUGUCCAUCUGAAAGUCAACGCUGAAGCAGCGAAGAUGGGUUUUACUGGGAAAUGAGCUCUGAAACCCGAAGACUUGAGGGGCUUCAGGUGCGUCUCCUGCAGCGAAGCCGUCUCUCUGUUUCCAAGGCCUUAAUAUGAGCAAAACAUUUCCAAUGAAUGCAUGAAAUGUUUGAUACCCGGGUCGAAGGCUGCAAAGAAAAACGAACAGUGUCACUUAAUUCCCAGCUUUUGUUGCCAUGACAACACCUUGCAUUGAUAUUUAUGGAGGGGGAAAAAAAUGCUUAAUUUGCUCAACUAAAUGCUCCUGCACAUUAAGCAUUCUAUAUUUGUCUUUUUCUUCUGAUUUCAAGAGGUUCAUAAAAUAAAAAGUACAACACCUACAUCUCCAUCUGGCUUCUGAAGC